UCUAUCUGUGCAAGGAGAUAGAGAGGAUGGAGGGCGUUGGGGCCCGUUUGGGCCGUUCAUCAGCCCGGUACGCCCCAACUACGGUGUUCAGCGGCCCCGUGCGGAGGUGGAAGAAGAAAUGGGUUCCGCUCUCAAACCCUAACAACUCAAAUUCCAACAACAACAAUCACUCUCAUCUCCUCCUUUUCAAAUGGACUCCGAUCGCUUCUAGUAAGGAUGCCGCUUCCGCCGAUGCGACGCCACCAUCCGCGUCUGAGGAGGCUCCCCGGAGGAAGUUCCGUUACAUACCGGUAUCUAUACUUGAACAAAAACAAGAGGUUAAUGUAAAAUCGGAUGAUGAGAGCAAACCUGACGAUGUUGGUACAUCGUUGCAGCCAGCUCAGGGAAAUGGUUCUGAUGGAAACACUGAAGGGAGUGAUGUCUUGAUGGAGGAAGCUCAGGUGUCAAUUCGUAAACAUGUUUUAGUAUAUUGUUAUGAUUUUCUUAUUUUUAAAUUAUUGUUGGUAGUUACAUAUGAGGUAGUGCCUUUGGUGCAUUACCAUUAUAUUUGAAUUCUGCCGCUAGCA